UCCUCUGCUCACAAGGUAGCUCAAGCACUUCUCUGCCUAGGGAAAACAACUGCACGUGCCCAAGUCCUUCAGGUCUUGUUGCUCCUGCUAAGCUGCAAGAUGUCGCAGAGGCAGGGCAGGCACCAGAGGAGGGCGUCGCAGAGCGUGUUCGUGCUGCCGGAGAACUUCGCACUGGAGGACGUGCCGGCGGCGGUGGCCGAGGGCGGCGCCGAGCAGAGGAAGCCCGCGGCGGCGGACGCCUCCGAGCUGCAGGCGGCGAGGCAGGCGGGGCGCCACCGGCGGGCGAUGUCCAUGGCCGUGAUCUCUAGGGAUCUGGAGAUGAUAACGGAGGACAUUGGAAGCUACAAGUACUAGAUCGCUGUGGCGCGUGCUAGCUGGUACGUGUUCCUCCGGCCGGUGGUUCUCGGGUUAGGUGCAGAAGGAAGUGGUCGUCUUUCGAGUCUGGUGUCCUGUCCUGUGGUUGUGUUUUCUGCUGUAUUCACGCUUCUUCGUAUGUGUACUUUCAUUCCUGUUCUAGAAGUAAAUAAAACAUCAGCUUCAGCUUAUAGUGCGUUC